AAUCAUGGAAAAGUUGUUUUCAAGAGGAACAGAAGACGUUAAUUUUUGGCAACACCACUUAUUCCUCUUUCCUCUUCUGCGUUCUCUCCCUUUCUGGCUCUUCACACAUCUGGAAGGUACAACGGGUGACCGCGUCUCUCCAGCGCUGCUGAUCUUAUGUGUUUGGGCUGUUUUAGGAAGCUUUGACACGCUGGACUUUUGCUUUAACUUUGUUUGGAUACUUUCAGGGAACUGAGGUUUCUUUUGGUGCCCCGAGGUCCAGAUCUGGUGUGGUUCUGGCUGGAUCGGUAAACCGCAUUCGGAGUCGGGUUCACCGAGGGUUCAGGAGUUGUGUGGCCGGAGCGAGCGCACUGAGGCCCGGCAGUGAUGGAUCAGCGGCGCGGGCUGCUGGAGCUGCUGUGUUUGGUUCUGCUGGGCUGGACUCUUCUUCGAGCUCAGGCGGAACCAGACGGAGACCCGGACGACGCCCACGGAAGAGUGGAGAAUGUGGAGCAAAAGAUGUCCUGUCCGGAGAACUGCAGCUGCACCGAGGAGGGGGCGGUGGACUGUAGCGGAGCGAGUCUUAAUGAAUUCCCACGACACGAGUUAUUAUCCGAACAGACACGCCAGCUCUCGCUGCAGAAUAACCAAAUCACUGAGGUCACGCUGGAGCAUCUGUCUCGACUUCAGCUGUUGGAGACACUAAACUUACAGAACAACCGGCUCACGACACAAGGCCUUGACGAGGAAGGUUUUCAUACUCUGGAAAAGCUGAGUUAUUUAUACUUGGCAAAUAAUAAGCUCACAGCAGCUCCCAGACACCUCCCUCCCUCUUUGGUCAGCGCUGACUUCGCUGCAAACCAGCUCACUAAAAUCUACCCCGACACAUUUGGCCUGAAGCCUGCUCUGAAGUCAGUUUAUCUCCAUAACAACAAGCUAACGGAUGCCGGACUGCCAGAGAACAUGUUUAAUGGAUCAGACAACCUCGAGAUCCUCAUUAUGUCCAGUAAUUUCCUUCGUUAUGUCCCUAAAAGUCUGCCCACCGCCCUCUACCGCCUACACCUGAAGAACAACAAGCUGGAGAAGAUUCCCGCAGGUGCAUUCGAUAAUCUGUCUCAUCUUCGAGAACUUUACCUGCAAAACAACUUCUUGAGUAAUGAUGGCGUGGACAACGAGACCUUCAGUCACUUGAACAGUAUGGAAUAUCUGGAUUUGUCCAAUAACAACUUGACCAUGGUUCCUCUCGGGCUGCCCCGCAAUAUCGUCCUGCUUCACCUGGAGAAGAAUUACAUCCAGAGCAUCGCAGUCAACGCUCUGACGCCCAUCCGAAACUUGGAGUACCUGCUCCUCCACAACAACCACCUCCGCUCUCGCUCCAUUCAUCCGUCCGCCUUCCAGGGCCUCAAACGUCUCCACACCGUCCACAUGUACAACAACCUCCUCGAGCGAGUUCCCCGCGGCCUUCCUCGCCGCGCAAAAACCCUCAUGCUUCUCCACAACCACAUCAGCGAGAUCGGACGCAACGAUCUGAUCACGCUUUACACACUCACCGAGCUCAACCUCAGUUACAACCGCCUCACCAGUGCCAAGCUCCACAGAGAGGCCUUCAGGAAGCUCAGGAUCCUGGAGACGCUGGAUCUGUCGGGAAACAAGCUCCAGGCGCUGCCGUUGGGGCUUCCCAAGAGCCUCCGGAUUCUGAAGGUGAAGGACAACCAGAUGACUGAGGUGCCAGAAGGAGCUCUGCUGGGAAUGAGCUCGCUGAGGGAGAUCUACCUGGCCAACAACCAACUGAAGCUCAACUCCAUCUACCAGGGAGCGUGGCAGGAGCUGAGCGCACUCACGACGCUGGAUCUCUCCGCUAACAUGUUGUCUCACGUUCCUCCUGACCUUCCCGAGUCUCUUGAGUUCCUCCACCUGCAGAACAACAGGAUCAGCUCGGUGUCCGCCUCAGCCUUCCUCAACACACCCAACAUUAAAGGGAUCUUCCUCAGAUUUAACCGUCUCUCAGUUCAUUCGGUAUCCGAAGAGUCUUUUUCUCAGCUGUCCAAGCUUCAGGUGUUGGACAUUGGCCACGGUAACAUCUCUCCCAACCGAGGCCGAGGAGGAGAAGAGGAGGAAGAGGAGGAGGACUUACCGUAUGAUGAAGAGAAGGAGAAACAUUCAUGAGUCAGGAAGGAAUGGAAAACCCU